CUGGGGGAUGUCGCCAGUCUCAGAGCCUCGUGGAACCCUCAACACACGCAUUCACGACCGUCAACUACAGAUUGAAGUUGUUCGAAAUGAAAGACACAACGCCAACAAAGCACCGCGGGACAGCAUACGCGCACUGGAUGCCGGAACUCUGGGGGCUUGGGGGCUCAGGGCUGGCGUUUGGCGGGACGGUGGCUCUGCUUAGUGUCUUUGACGACCGGCCCAUAUUCGAUUGGUACGGGGUGACGCUCAAUACGCUGGUGUCUAUACUGUCCGCUACGAUGAAGGCAGCGUUGAUCUAUGCAAUUGCCGAGUGCAUUAGCCAGUGGAAAUGGAUCCUGUUUUCGCGCGAGGAGCGGCUGCUGAUUGACUUUGAGCGCAUGGAUUCGGCCAGUCGAGGUCCGCUGGGGGCGCUGAACGUUCUCUGGAAGACACGAAGGUCAAUAUCCGUCCAGCUCGGUGCGUUCCUGACCCUGCUCGCCAUCGGCUUGGACCCGUUCUCGCAGCAGCUGGUGCAACUGCGCCAGGGGACGGCGUUCGUUGACUCCCUGGGUGACGCCUAUGCCGAAAGCACACGAACAGAAGAGUACACAAGGGGCGACGUGGUGUAUGGAAACGGCACCAACUCGACUAUAAACCCAUCAGGGCCCCUGGCAAUAGUGGCAGAGGCGAUGAUAGAUCUGUCGAUGCAGGGGGCCAUCCUGAAUGGGUUCUCCCGCUCCCUGGCUGAAAUCCGCCAGCAGGCGAAUGUGACAUGCCCUACAGGCCAGUGCAAGUGGCCCCCUUUCAAGACACUUGGUGUCUGCCACACAUGCCACAAUCUCACUUUGGACUUGAAGAGGGCUGAUGGUUUUGGAGGUGUCGCCGGGCCUUUGAUUUUGGGACAAGACACAAUGCCAGAGAACGACAGCACGGCAUUCGUCUUGCCCAACGGUCACUUUCUGGUGGGUAUCAAUGGCCAAAUUGCCAGUAUCAUCGGCAUCCAAGAACAAGGCUACCAGAACCCAGGCAACUCGUGGAUUGUGGCUGGUCCCACCAUGACUUCAUUUGGAACCGGGAACCCAGCAAAAACCAACCGGAUGCAGGACGUGGACACCUUGAUCUGGUCGACCAGCAUGAUCUACGUGAAUACAAUCCAACUGGGAAUAGCGGCAGGGUAUGGCGCUUGGCCGGACGUCCCUGUCCGCGCAAGCGAAUGUGCGGCAUACUACUGCGUCCAGACCAUCAACGCGACAGUCGAGGGAAACACCAUCUACGAAAACACCACCCAGGACACCGACGCAAGGCGAGAUCCAAAUUCUUGGCUGCAACAGGACUCACUCCAGGACGAAGGCUACGCUCCUGAAAACAUCCCUCCAGAUGCCCAAAUGUCAAUCUUGGAGUGGGACGAGAGAUACUCUGCGAUCCGCCGGUCAGACCUGACCCUCUACUAUCCGCAGAACGCCAGUGCUAGUCCCAAUUAUACCUUAUCCGAAACCGCCGUCAAGCCCAUCAGCUCGUACUUCCCGACACUGCUGACUACCAACAUUACAGGAUCAACGGCUGUAACUCGUGCUAUCACGAAGCGACUGGGUGAGGAUGCCGUCGGCUACAAUGGCGCCCGGAUAGGCGACAAGGCGUAUCCGCAAGCAUUGCUUCACAUCUUCGAGACAAACAAGGACUUUGACCUUGGUAACAAGUUUGCCGCGCUCGGGGCGAGCAUGACGAACGACAUGCGCAGAAAUGGAGAUGACAUCGGCAGGUUUGACCCAAAGAAUGGCCAUAUUACUGGGGGCAGCAGCAAUCAACUCGAAUACGGGCUCGUCGGGAUCGCCAGGACGUAUUAUAGCAUCGAAUGGGGCUGGAUAGUGCUUCAUGCGCUAAUGCUGGCCGGUGGGCUCGUGUUCUGGCUGUUGACCGUCAGAAGCUCCUGUAGCUCGGAGGCGAUGCAGAUAUGGAAGAGCAGCUCUCUCGCGGUCAUGCGCCAGGGCCGGACGACGGGACACGUCUUGGAGGGAUCUAGAACGAUGGAAGAGAUGAGGAACACGGCCAGAAGGGAGAAGGUGCUGGUAGCACUGGAUCAUUACGUGGCACUGCCGACCACACAGGGGGGUGAUUUACACACCACUCCAGAUGACCGCCAGGAUGAUUAGUGAAAAUGUUAUCAAGUACGUGUUGGCAUAAAUGCAGUACAAAGACGGGCCAAUGCCGCUAGUAGAUUUUUAUUAUCGAAUCGCAUUUCGAUAGAUAAUAUAUAGAAAUCGCUG